AUGAGUGUGGAUCCAGCUUGUCCCCAACGCCUGCCUUGUUCUGAGCCAUUGGAUUCUAUGGGUUCUCCACCUCCACCUGUGAGCUGUGGGCCAGAAGAACAGGAUCCGGCCUUGCCAAUGUCAUCCGCUGAGGUGCCCCACGCUGAGACUGUCUCAUCCCUCCCUUCCUCAGUGGAUCCGCUCAUUCUGGAGAGCCCCGACUCUUCCACUAGUCCCACAGUAGACAAGAGCUCAGUGAAGAAGGAAGAGAAGGUCCAGGUCAAGAAACAGAAGAGCAGAACUGUGUUCUCUGCCACCCAGCUGUGUGUGCUCAACGCCAGAUUUCAGAGACAGAAGUACCUCAGCCUCUAGCAGAUGCAGGAGCUGUCCGACAUUCUGAACCUCAGCUACAAACAGGUUAAGACCUGGUUCCAGAACCAGAGAAUGAAGUGUAAGCGGUGGCAGAAAAACAAGUGGCCAAAGAACUGCAGUGCUGUGACUCAGAAGGGCCCAGCACCUGCUGAAUACCCUGGGAUCUAUGCCGCCUACCACCAGGGAUGCCCGGUGAACCCAUCAGGAAACUUUCCAGGGUGGCCCGCCGGAACCCCCCAGUCCUGGACCACCCAGGCUUGGAGCCCCCAGUCCUGGAGCACCCAGUCCUGGAACAGCCAGACCUGGUGCUCCCCGGCCUGGGACGCGCAAUUCUAUAACUGUGGAGAGGAGUCUCUGCAGUCCUCCAUGCAGUUCCAGCAAGUUCUUCCUGCCGGUGAUCUGGAGGCCAUCUUGGAAACCUCUGGGGAAGGCCAGAAUGUGUUACAGUAAACCACUAAGUAUCUUAGCACCGCACAGACCAUGGACUUCAUGUUAAAUUACUCCAUGAGCAUGCUGCCUGAAGAUGCGUGA